CACAGCCAAAAGCGGCGCUGCGCUGACAGGCGGUUCAUCUUCGCCAACAUGGCUGAUGAAAUGGCAAAAGCUCAGGCUGCCCAGCCGGGCGGAGACACGAUAUUUGGAAAAAUCGUACGCAAAGAGAUUCCUGCCAAUAUAAUCUAUGAAGAUGACCAGUGUGUUGCCUUCCCUGAUGUUUCUCCUCAAGCUCCCACUCAUAUCCUCGUCGUCCCAAAAAAGCCAAUUGUUCAACUGUCGCAAGCGGAGGAUAGUGAUGCUGCAUUGUUGGGCCACUUGAUGAUAGUUGCAAAGAAGUGUGCUCAGGAGGCAGGCCUGUCUAAAGGCUACAGGAUUGUCAUCAACGAUGGGCCGGAAGGAGGCCAGUCAGUCUACCACAUCCACAUCCAUGUCCUGGGUGGACGCAGGAUGGGAUGGCCCCCCGGCUAACCUCCCUGCACAGACCAUCCUGCCAUCAGUGUUCACGUCUGUUGUCUGACAACCAGUACUGUCAAAUUUCGACUUAAAACAGUUUGUGAAAUAAGAGUCAAAUAAAAACAUGGAAAUUCAUCAAUGAUAAUAAAAUGCACUUCACAACAA